UUAAAGUUAUGUUUUGGUUGAAAGUAAUAUUUGUAUUACUAAAAAGAAAAAAAGUAAUAUCACUUUGAUUAAUGAGUUCAUUAUGAAAUUAAAAGAAUGUAUAUUAUUAAUAAUGCUGACUCGUGACUAAUUAAGAUUGUAAGGUGAAUACUUUUAAAACAAAUCGUAUAAGCAAACAGGUUACAUGUUAAAUGAUACUAUUUAUUUAAAAAAAUUCAAGAAAUAUAAAAAUGGAAAAAACUAAUUCCACUAUACCUCAACAAGAAUUAAAUUAUGAAUUCAAUUUUCCUCAAUACACACUUUUCGAUAUUAAAAUUGACCCUGGCUUAAAAGACGAUAAUGGCACGGAAUUACCGCGACCAUACACAAAAAAUCAAAUGCGGAAAUGGCUAAAGAAAGUUAGGUGGGAGAAUAGUAAGAUGGAAAAAAGGGCAAAAGAGAAAGCAAGAGCCAAAGAAAGAAGAAGAAAAGCUCAGGAAGCUAAUAUAGAUUUAGGACCAAAUAGGAAAGCAUUAAAGAAAAUGAAACUUGAGAAACCUAAAAAAAAAAUUGGUAUUAUUAUAGACCUUAGUUUUGAUAACUUAAUGAUUGAAAAAGACAGAUAUAAAGUUAUUAAACAAAUAUUAAGAUGCUAUUCAAUUAACAGGCGUUCAGAAUCUCCAUUACAAUUUUAUGUAACUAGUUUUGGAGAGAAAUCAAGAAUUGAUAUGUCUAGACAUAAUGGCUAUGAACAUUGGGAUAUAGUUUUUCAUGAAGAAAAAUACCUCGAUAAAUUUCCAAAGGAAAAGCUUUUUUAUUUGACAAGUGAAUCAGAUAAUAUUAUUGAAUCUUUUGAAGAAGAUACAUACUAUAUAAUAGGAGGUUUAGUGGAUCAUAACAAACACAAGGGUUUGUGCCAUAAAAUCGCUGUUGAACAAGGUAUACGACAUGGUCAGUUACCUCUAGAUAAGUAUGUCAAUAUGAAGACUAGGAAAGUCUUAACAAUAGACCAUGUUUUUGAGAUUGUCCUCCGAGUGUGUGAAGGAGUAUCAUGGCAAGAUGCCCUGAUUAAAGUUUUACCAGUUCGGAAAGGAGCACAUGUGUGUGAUGCAGCUAAUAAUAUUUCUUCAAUUUUAGAUAAUUCUAUAGACAGUGAUGCAACAAAUUAACGUAUUACCUAUGGCACUUAGUUAAAAAUAUAACAAAAUAUAUGGACUAUAUUAUUAUUUUUGAAAUUUUAAUAAAAAUCAAAAUAAUA